AUAUAAUACAAGCUCUUAAUGAUAUUAAAGAAAAGGCCCCAUAUACACAUGACAAACCAUCUCAAAUUAUCCAAGAUGCCAUCAUCAAUAUGCCUGAGGCAUCCUUCUGCUAUAUGCCAAAUAAUGAAGCUAUCCGUAAACAGAUUUCACGUAUUAGAAAUAAAGAAUUACCUUCUCAUCCCCAAUCAUUAGAAGAUAUUAAUGUUCUGGCCUUAUUACGUACAACUGUUCAGAGAGAACGAUUUCUUGUCAAAGAAAUC